UGAGCGCGCUCUGGACCACUUUUCUGGAGGAGAGACAGGGAGAGAGGCUGGCAGAGAUGCUUUUGGUCUGAGGCUGCACCAGUGGUGCCCCCUCCUCUCUGGGUCAGGAUGGAAAAGGAUCCCACCACUCACAGGAGGCACCGGCCUGGUCCUGGAGCCCUGCCCUCAGGAAUAGUCCCUGGAUACCUCAAGGUGGCCAGUGAGGGGCCUGAACUCCAGAGGAGCAGGAGUGUGGGUGGCUUGCACCAGAAGGGUGAUCCACCAGUCUGCAUCAGGAAGCUACUACGCAAGGAGCUAGACUCUGAGGACCAAGGUAAAGAUUCACGAAGUGACAUCGAUGAUACCACCUGUCAGGCAAACCUAGAGGAAGAUGGAAAGAAACAGAGCCAGGAUGAGCCCGGACAACUGGACCAAAAGUGUGGGAAAUCGGAGCCAGAGAAGAGCGACUCAGAGACCGGCACCUCAGAACAGGAUGGUGCCGGAAAAGGAAGACACACCUCAGUGGCUGAGGAGCGAGAGCCAGAGUCCACGAAGCUGAAUAACCUUCUAGAAAAGCAGAAACCGUCUGUGUUUGUGGAGAUCGACCUGGGAGACCACACUGAGGAGGAGGUAGUCACCUGCACCGUGAGAGAAGAGAAGAGGCCCCCACUGGAUACAGGGGACUUGUCAGAGGAUGAGACGAGGACCAGCUGGAUGUGCUGCAUCCCGUAUUCCACAAAGAAGAAGGUGAAGGAAACUGCCAAUGCGUUGGAGAAGGCGCUGACUGACACAGGCUUGGCUUUAUUAGAAGCGCCCGUCGUCUCAGGACAGGACCCCUCUGACUCAGCCACUAGUAGAGCUCUCUGGGGACUAAGGGAAGACAGCCCAGGCCUGGAACAGCUUCAUGAUCCCCACUCCAUGGGCAGGGCCAGACUGACAGCAGCCAACGGAGACCCAAGGCAGGGACCCUCUUCCAACCCAAGGCCAAUCACAGUCCUAGGAACCAACCAUUCAGGACCAAUGGGCAGGCCUCCUCAUCGCUGUCACAGAACUUAAACUCCAGCUAAUUGUGCACUAAAGGAAAGAACACGUGUGAACA